AUGGAAGAUCCCAACGACGCAUCUCUCGAUCUCCAAGAGAUUCGCAGCCGCGUGAAAGAGCUCGAGUUACUUCAUCGGAAUUGCAGAGAAGAGCCUGGAGAAUCGUGCUCGUCGGAUUCCGAGAAUCUGGUCCAAGGUUUUGCUCUUCAGCUUGAGACGAAGGUGAAAGAGAUUGUUGAAGAGUACUACGAUGUCGAAGAUUCAGAUGCUUACUUGGCGUACUUGAGAGAGGAGCUACACUCUGUGGAGGCUGAAAGUGCCAAGGUUUCUGAAGAAAUCGAACGUCUGUCUAGGUCUCAUGUGGAAGAUUCUAGUAAGCUGGAUAGGGAUCUUGAAGGCCUUCUAGUGUCACUGGAUUACAUGUCAUCUCAGGAUGUGGAGAAGUCAAAAGCGAAUUUACCAUCUACCAGCUCAAUGGAAAUAUGUGAUGCGUCGACUUGGAUUGAUGAUGAGAAAUUUAAGAUGUUUGAACUUGAGAAUCAGGUUGAGGAGAAAAGGAUGAUUCUCAAGUCACUGGAAGAUCUGGAUUCUGUAUGUAAAAGGUUUGAUGCUGCAGAGCAGGUAGAGGACGCAUUAACAGGCUUGAAGGUGCUCGACUUUGAUGGAAACUUCAUUAGGCUCCAACUGCAAACAUAUAUUCCAAAACUAGAUGGCUUGCUUGGACAGCAUAAACUUGACCACACUGCUGAGCCAUCUGAAUUGAUCCAUGAAUUGCUGAUCCAUCUCAAGGAUAAAACUACAGAGAUAACAAAAGUUGAGAUGGUUCCAAAUGAUGUAUACAUAGGAGACAUCAUUGACGCUGCUGAAUCUUUCAGGCAAAUAAGGUUACACUCUGCAGUGCUAGACACAAGAUCUUCACUCCAGUGGGUUGUGGCUAAAGUACAAGAAAGAAUCAUUUCGACCACUUUGAGAAAAUAUAUGGCAAAGAGUUCGAAAACAAUCAGGCACACAUUUGAAUACUACGACAAAGAUGAAACAAUAGUGGGUCACAUAGCCGGAGGUAUUGAUGCUUUUUUAAAAGUCUCUGAUGGUUGGCCUCUGCUGAAUACUCCGUUGAAGCUUUCAUCUCUCAAGAACUCUGAGAAUCAGUCGAAUGGAAUCUCUCUGAGCCUUAUCUGCAAAGUUGAGGAGCUAGCGAAUUCGUUGGAAUUAGAGACGAGGCAAAACUUAUCAAGCUUCAUGGAUGCUAUUGAGAGAAUACUUGUACAGCAAACUCGUGAGCAACUCCAUUCCAAUGAAACCUCCCAACAGUGA